GCAGCUGGCAGGGCGCGCGCUGGAUGUCAUCAUUACCAUCAGCACCGAGUCAUUUCAAUCGCCUGUUACAGAACGGGGAGAAUUAUUCGUCGUUUUUUUUUAAAUUAGCAAUGCGUGUACGUGUAGGAAAGUGAGUAUAAGGCCGCUGACUUUUGAUAAGGAGUGCCUUUCGUCAAGGGUCCGUUAUGUGGCCGAGUCGCCUUUCGUUUUUGGUUUGAAUCUGCCGUACCCCGCCUCCGUGAGGACACCAAGAGGGCAGCCGCGUUGCUCGGACCCGAGACCGACAGACACACCGAGGACAGGGCGUGCCUCACCUACUGAGAGCCCGCGAGGCAGUGACACAGACACAGACGUGGGCAAACAGCGAGAGAGACAGACAGGAUGGGGAGGAAGAAGAUCCAGAUCUCUCGAAUAGUGGACCAGAGGAACCGACAGGUGACGUUCACCAAGCGCAAGUUCGGGCUGAUGAAGAAGGCCUACGAGCUGAGCGUCCUGUGCGAUUGCGAGAUUGCGCUCAUCAUCUUCAACAGCACCAACCGGCUCUUCCAGUACGCCAGCACGGACAUGGACAAGGUCCUGCUGAAGUACACGGAGUACAGCGAGCCCCACGAGAGCCGGACCAACGCUGACAUCCUGGAGACGCUGAGGAGGAAGGGCUUAGGACUGGACGGCUCCGAGCUGGAGAGUGAAGAGGUGAUGAGUGCAGUGGCCACGGAGAAGUACCAGCAGCUGAAUGAAGGAAUGGAUCUCUCCAUCACCCGACAGCGCUACUAUGCUCCGCCUCUCCUGCCCUCCGAAGCCCAGUACCUGGUGUCAGGCGCCUGCGAGAACGGAUUCUCUCCGGGCAAUCCCGCCAGCUCCGGCCUCGGCUCCCACAGACCCCCGCCUUCCAAACCCCCCGGGCCGAAACCUGGGAUCGCGGGCGGCUGGGGCUCUCAUUCCCAGCCUCCUCUCAUGCCUCCUCAUGCAGGCAUCGGCUAUUCGAUGUUCAGUCACGGCCACCUGAGCAGGACCCUGGCGAAGACCCCGCCCCCUCUGAACCUGGGUUCCGACGGCAGGAGGAUGGAGGGGCACCCGGGUCUGACUGGCACCCGCAGUCUGGGCACUGCGAGGGUGCUGUACCCGGGGGUGCCAGCUGGGAACCACGUAGUGACCAUGGGGAAGACCGGCUUGCUGGGGCACAGUCUGGGAGGUUACGGCCUGUCCUCGGCGGGGCCGCCCGAGUACCCUCACCCGGGCUUCUCCCACUCUGUGACCCUGCAGCGCGGCGCCAUCAGCCCCUGGCAGCAGGAGCCACACCACGUGGCACACAGCAGCCUAGGCAUGUCCAGCAGUGGGUGUUCCUUCUCUGCACACACCUCGGCACCAACACCUCCCCCUCACCCAUCCCUCAACCUCAGCAUCAAAUCGGAGAGAGUCUCCCCCGUUCACACCUGCUCCUCGGCCACGCCUCCACUGCAGCACGUGGCCCAGCACUCACCAAUCAGCAACCCCGAUUCCACAGGCCAUGCCCCCCAGGAUCCCUAUGCGACCAAUGAGAGGGAGGACUACCAAAAAGGAGGUUAUAUCUCCCCACAGGUGCUCUGCAGGGCCCAUCCUGAGGACAAACAGGGGCCACCCAGCAGGCGAUCAGAAAUAGCUGAGAAUUGGCAGAGAUAGCUGGCAGGCAGAGCCUGUGUCCCUAGAAAAACAGGUUAAUCACAGAGAUCCGAACAGUGGUACAGUGGAUUAACGCCCAUGUGCUAUAAGAGUGUGAUCCUGUGGUGUUCUGUGACACAGUGUGGAAACCUGUGUUGUGUCUCUUAAUACAGCGGCAGUCUGUGUAAACAGGCAGGACCAGAAAGAUGUCAUAAGGCUGUUUUCCCUUCUGAGCUGCCUUAGAAAGACAGUUGUCACCCAGGUCUGUGCGGAGUGAGCAGAACACCAGCGUCUUAAUGACCUUUCCAUCCAUUCCACAAGCAGUUAGGUGACUGAUGACAAAAUUAGGUUGUGUAUUGAAAGAAAAAAAUGCAUUUUUUUAUUUCUGUCUUUUUUCCAUCUUAUUACUAGGCUUUUUAGUAUGUAUUUUAUGAAAUUGACUAUUUUCACUUGUUUCUGUUUUUUCUGUUUGUGACUAUCCUGCGCCAGGGGUCUGGAACUUCUUGUUAAAGUUUGACUUUUCUGAUUUGCAGAACAGGUGGCCAAAUUAGUUAACCAAUACAGAGAGUGGUUUCUCUGUCACAGGGCGAUCGGGUUCAAGGGCUAACAUGUUCAAUGUGUGCUAUAUAAACCCAGACAGAAAAGGGUCUGACAUUUCUCAUUGCGUGGUACGUCUCUAUAAAUAGUUUCUCUCCAUUACAUAGCAACCAAAGACUUGAAAAAUUGGAUUUCUAAUAAAAAAACACAUGUAGAAGUUAAAAGAAGUAAUGUAAUAUCAACAAUCAAAUAAUUUAUAUUUUUCUGGAGGGGAAACUCUGCUUUUCACAUUUUAAAUGAAAUUCUUAAAUACUUGCUGUCUUAGAAAUGGAAAGAAGUUUGUUUAUAAAAUAAGAAAUACUAAACAUUAUACACAGACUUAUGAGAAUUAAUAUUUUAAGGCAAUUAUAUCUAUUAAUUUUUAUAUUGUCCAAAAAUUGCAUGCAUGCCCUUACUUUUUUAAAAGCUUUUCAAUUACCCUAUUUUAUUAUUCAGAUCUAUAUCAUAAUUCUUAUUUUUUAAAACUUCCCUGACUCAUCUAUGCAAUGCAACUGGUGGGGUGAUUCCGGAAAAUAAUGCCAAGAAGCGUCCCUUGGUUCAUCGCGGCAUAGAAAUAUACUCACCUCCUUAAUUCGAGACUUUUUUGUCAGUGUGACGUGACUUCAGCAAAAUGUCGCUCCCUCCGCGAUGUCUGGGAAGUGUGACUCCGCGGAUGACCACAAGGGGGCUUCCUUCUUGCAUUCCAUAAAUACCUCCAGAAAAUGAGAGCUCUUCAGUCCUUUUGGGCUUUACAGCAUUCCUCGUCCAUCUUAAGCUUCAGGUUAACUGUACUAAGCACUUCCUUUGUUAUUCCAGUAUCACUUUUUAUCUGCACCCGGUCUUAGGUUACUGAGCACUAGAAGAGAGACCUGCAAUUUAAGACGUCCAGGAGCAUUGAAUCACACCUUUUUGUAGAAGACAGUGAUGAAAUAAUUUACUGUAUUAUUCAUUGUUGUCAUUUAUAUAGCCCUUUUCCAUACCAAAGGAUCCCCAAGUGCAUCACUCAUAGGAGUGAGCCCACAGCCUCCACCACUAGUAAAGCUCCUAUCCUGCAUAAGAAAAUCUAUGUAGAUGUAUAUAAAAAGUUAUUUUCCUGUAAUAAUUAUUUUGCCUUUGUAAUUGAAGCUACCUCUUCAUUCCUAUAGGGGGAGUAAUUGCACCUUAUCAAAACUAUUGCACCACACAGCCUACAAAACAGCAUUUGAAUAUAUCCCACAAAUAAGACCAGUUUAGUUAUUUCUAGGUGUGGCAUCUUAGGAAAGAAACAUUAAAGUAGGUUACUGAUUUAUUUUCAUAGUAUUUCAGGUUUUUCAUGCUCACUGAAUCUUGAAGCCCUUUGAAUCUGUAACACAGAACUAAUGUAAACACCUGAACUCAAGCAAAUCUUUGCCUUAUCUUUGCCUUAUAUGAACGUUCCUGCUUUUUAAAAACAAUCACCCCUGUGUUUAUAAAAGAGCAGCAUGUGGCAUUUCUUUGUGGAAAUACAACAUUGUUUAAAAGGGAAUGUAUAUAAGUUAUUUAUAUAUCAAGCCUUAAAUAUUCCACUCUGCAGACUGUGCAGAGGAUGUGUUUGUAGAACAUUUUUUGAAGACGUUUUUAAAAAACUGAAAUGUUAAUGCACUGUUUUACUACCAAUAAUAACAUAGUCUUUAUACAAAGCACA